GAGAGCUACGAUGAGGAUGGGUCCUAAAAACCUCUGCUAUUUACUUCAGAAUGACCCAAUAAUGGCUGGGAUUUGAAAAGAUAAAGACUGAGGGUCGAAGGAUCCGAAAAUGGAGAAGAGUAUGGCCCCGUCGACGAGUCAGAAGAGAGCGCCAAGUUCAUCAGAUGCGAAUUUGAGUAUCGUACUCAGCCUGAUGUGCCAUACAACUUGUCAUAGGCAAGGGGGUGAACCCGAGAAAUUUGCCAAGAGAGCUAUAGAGUCUUUGGUCAAGAAACUUCGAAAAAAGACGGAUGAGUUAGAGUCUUUAAUAACUACGAUCACUACAAAUGGAGCUAAACCAUCCAAGUGUGUUACGAUACAAAGAACUUUGGACGGAAGACUACAAGUCUGUGAGCGUAAAGGCUUUCCUCAUGUAAUUUACGCUAGGUUAUGGCGAUGGCCAGAUAUUCAAAAAAUGGAAAUGAAACACUUGGACUUCUGCCGAUAUGGUUAUGAUUUGAAAUAUGAGAGUGUUUGUGUCAAUCCGUACCACUAUGAGCGUAUUCGUAGCCCAGCCGCUUCAAGUUUACCCAUUAAAUCAUUGUCAUCAAAUUCAGAAAAAUCAGAAGAUUCUCCCGUUAAAGACCAACACUCCCCUUCUACUGUUGCUACUACCUCUGUAUAUGAACCUCAACAGUCUUCACACUACGGACCUACGGUUUCAACAAACUCACACCCAUCUUCCAAUUCCAUACCAUGUUCAGCAGAUCCCUGUCCCAUCAUUGUUCGCAAUUUGCUCUGGCAUUCGGUACUACGGCAUCAAAGCCCAGAAGCUGAUAGUUUCAGCAGAAGGGCAAUAGAAUCACUAGUGAAAAAACUUAAAAAAAAAUACCAUGAGCUAGAUUCUUUAAUUGUUGCAAUUACUUCUAAAGGAAGGACAGCAUCAAAAUGUAUCACUGUCCCAAGAACUAUGGAUGGCAGACUCCAAGUAGGAGAAAAGAAAGAUUUUCCUCAUGUUAUUUAUGCCAGAUUAUGGCGAUGGGCUGACGUGCACAAGAUGGAGAUGAGACAUAAAGAAUUUUGUCAGUACGGCUAUGACCUUAAGCAUGAAAAAGUUUGUGUGAAUCCUUAUCAUUAUGAUAGGGUACAACCUCCUGAUUGGUUUAGAAACUCACUUUAUAUUUCCUCUGGCAGAACAACAAACGCAUCUUCCUCAGAUGAUGAAAGGCAUUUGCACCUUUCACCAAGAUCACAGAAAUCUGAAAGAUCCCCUGAAAGCCACAGUCCCAGAGGAGGAGUUAUUUCUCAUGCUUACUCUAGAACAUCUGAAAGUCACAGCCCUCGUAUGGCGGUGGCUCAUCCUUUCCCUAUGUCACCUGGGAAUCAGAAAAGUCCAAUCUCUGCAGGCCUAUACCAUGGACAAAUUGUUUUUAAAAGGAAAAGAGAAAGAAUGGAAUCUACAAGUUCAUCAGCUACGGGAUCAAGUGAAGAUGACCAAGAAAUUGAUAUUGAAUCUUCUGAUUCACUUGAACACAAGAGAAGAAAGUUUUCUCCAGAGUUGAGGUAUUUUCACAAUGAUGACAGGAAUAGAAUAUCACAGCAAGAUAAAUGUAGUUCUUAUCAAAAAGAAAUGCGAUGUGCGUUAUGCAACUGCUCAAAUGAUGACAGACUUGGCCAGGGUCACUUGGUUUGUUUUGGUAGGUUAACAUCAGUUGUCCACCAGACACACUCGCCAAUUGCAGAACAAAGCAAGUUUUUACAGACGUCAUCUGGAAUCAACGGAACAUCUGGUAAUAAGAUGCUUGUUACAGGCCUUUCUGAAAAAUGGCAAAACAGAUUAGAGAACAUGAGUGAAGGUGAUGAGCAAGAAGAAGAGAAGACAAUGACUACAGUAGAUGAGGAUUCCAGAGGCAGCAGUAUCCAUAAUAGUCCCAAAACACCUAAUGGCAUCACAAGUGUUGGAUUCAAGGUAGAACAGCAGCUGUCUGAUCUGUGUGAUGCAUCUGGGCGUGUGUGGGUGCAUGAAAAGUGUGCCACGUGGACCCUCUCCUCUAUUGCUUCAAGUUCCCCAUCAGGGUUGACAGUGGACAUAACAAAUCAAAUAUUAACCAAGAAAUGUUAUCAUUGUGGUGGUUUUGGAGCCAGUAUAAAGUGUGAAGCAGAUGGCUGUCAAAAACUAUAUCACUUUCCUUGUGCGAUGGCAGCAGGGACUUACCAGGAUGUCAAGACUAUGAAACUGCACUGUCCAGAUCAUUUUUCCUUGGUAGCUUCAACAGCAUAUUGUGAAAAGUGCAAGUUAGGUGGAGGUGAUCUGUCAGAACUGCUGCUGUGUUCACGUUGUGGGUGCCAUUAUCAUGGCCAAUGCUGUAACCCCCCUCUUAGACCAACUGAACAAAUUAGAGCUGGAUGGGAAUGUUUUAUGUGCAAGUCAUGUCAAUCUUGCAGGCAAGUGUCCAGCCUAGAAAAGCUUGUUGUGUGCAGAACAUGUAACAAGGCUUGUCACAUAUUUUGUUGUGAGCUAUUAUCAUCAAUGAAAGGGCUGAACUGGAAGUGUGAACAAUGUCGUAAAUGCAGGCAGUGUGGGUCAAGGAAAGCAAGUCAGUGGUACAUGGACUAUUCACUGUGUAAUGGAUGUUAUUACCAGACUCAUAAAGCCAAUGGAUGUCCACUGUGUCACCAUCAUAAUGUACAGGAGAAAGUAGUACAGUGUGACUCUUGUACUAGGUGGGUUCAUGCUUCAUGUGAUAACAUAACUCAAGAAAUCUAUGAAAGACUUCAGCUAGACGCCAGGAUCAUCUAUGUGUGCAAACUCUGUAGAGAUGAAGUUGAAAGCAUCAAAAGAGAUUACAAGAAAGAGGUCAAGGUUGAACCCAUUGAACUGGAACCAGUUUCUGAAGCAACAUCGAUAAUGCUUUCCCUGAGUAAAUAUAAAGUCUUUCCUGCCGUAGAGAAUUACAUCGCCACCAAAAAACCCGCGACACACACUACAUUCUCAUAUCUGACCACUGAACCACAUCAGUGGUCACGCCUUCAUAUGACAUACUCAUUUGAGUAUUUGAUCAUGAAGCAGCAUGGAAAGGUACUGCUUUGAUUGGCGCAAUAAUAAUUAUGCUUAUUAAUCUUCAUGGACUUUUGUGCAGGCACAUAAUUAUCUGAAUUAUCUCUGAUAUAGAGACACUUGGAGGUCACUUCCCAUCUUAAGGGUAGGUGUCUUAUUGCCCGUACUAAAACCCUAGGGCUAAUAUAGUCUUGGGAAUCUCCUUGUGAAUCUUCAAUAUAAAAAGACUCGUUGAUACUAUAUAUCAAACUAAAUAAUUCCAUUAAUAUGGCCACAGGUUCAUCUACGGGGUGAUUAAAUCAAAAAUUGAAACUUGGUAUCAAUAUUUUUUCAAGGUUUAAUUGGUGAAAUAUCAUGCAUAUAUUAUAUAUUCUAUACAUAAAUAUAUCUAUAUUAUAUUAUAAUAAAUAUAUUUAACAAUGUAAGUCAGCUGUGGCUUACAUAUUGAUCUUGUGAUGUAGACAUUGUUAUUUGUAUAUUAUUCGUCAUUGGUAUAAUUGUUUAAAUGUCUUGCCCUCAGAGGCCUUAUUGCUUGGCUUUUUGUCAAAGAUUUUAACUUUAAAUUUGCAAUGUCCCCAUUGUGUGGGUCCUUUUAUUUUGCUUGCUUAGACUAUGAAAUUAGAUAAAAAAUUCCCAGCAAAAAAAAAAAUCCUUUUCCUAAUAGAAAGCCAUUACAUCAACCUCUGCUAUCAAGGCAUUUGCUGCAUUAAUUUUACAAAACACUUUUACUGUAAUCAUCGUCUUCACUUUCUUGUACAAUAGUUGUAAACUAGUAAACAUUUCAUCAUGCAUGGAGUGUGAACUUCUUUUCAGUCAUAGGUACAUUAUAGUGUACAAAUUGUUUAAAUAAUUGUGUGUAUCGCCUAUUUCAAAAAGAAAAAACAUUGUCAGUCGGAAAUCUGAAAUCUCAGAACGAGUAGCAUGCUGCAAAUUGUAAUAUAUUCACAGCCGAGCAACAUAGUAUCCUUUUAGAUUGGAUACAUGACUUUCAAGUUAGCUUAGUCUUGAUUGCCCAUUUUAGAUCUCCGAUCUACAACAUUUUUCUGAAAGAUAGGUCACAUAUAUUAUAUAUAGUCAUUUUAACCAUUUAUUAAUAUUAUUGACAAAAAAAUUAGGUUUAUCAAACAUUAUUUAAUUAGCAUUUACUUUAUGGUUUGUUCAGCUGUUGUUUCAUUUCAAUUAAUCUGUCGGGAACAUAAAACAGUGUGAUUUUAUCUAGGACUGUGAUAACUAUUUUUUUACAACUAGUUAGGUCUGUGAAAUACUUGGAUAUAUUGGCAAAUUACUGGAACUUACUUAAAAAUGAAGUCUGACAUAUAUGGCAAAUGCUGUUGUUUUUAGCUCAGGUAUAAUGUUAACCCAUUUCAUAUCACAUCAUUCUCUUGGGAUUGUGUAGUUUCAGAAAAUAUCCAUAACCCUACCAUAUGGAGGGAAUUUGUAAAAGGACCCCCCUACCCCCAGAAACUUCCAUUUUCUUCCAUACAAAGUCUGCAUAAUUUUCUUCUUUCUCUGAACCCCCUCCCCUCCAGAAUUUCCAAUUUCCUCCAUGAGUGGAGUAUGGAUAAUUUUCUGGACACAAUAAGAUUCCUAUAAUCUUUCAGUUGCAUUCAUAUUAUUCAUGUGUCUUAUCAUGCACAACCAUUAAACAAAGCUAAGAAAUGAUACUCUAAGAAAUGACACUCUGGUCUGAAAUGGGAAAACAUUAAAAACCCAGCUUACUUCUAAUAAUCAUGCAUCAUAUCAGUGUAGCCACCACCAUCGAAAAACUACCUUAAGCUGUCAUGUUUUAUAUGACAACUAUCUUUAUUAUAAUAAUUGAACUAUAUCUGUCUGAUUUUUCAAAGUGUCAAAAAUGUCCGCUUGAUGAUUUUCUCUUCAAACAACCUCAUAUUAUUUUUCAAAGGACAACUUUGAAUUAAGCUCCAUCUUUUGUACGACAAUUUCUAAAUGCUAUUUUUUAUAUCCAGCAAUAGUUAAGUGAGUUUACGAAAAUCUAGUACUAGCAGUUAAUACUGUUUCUUACAUGCAACAUCUGAAAAAAAUAUUUUAAACCAGUUUAUUAAGAUGGACCUUUUAAUGAAAGACACAGUAUAUCAAUAUGAAAAAAAUUAGACUCUGGCUUUAUAUUUAUCUUAUAUUAAAGAAUGUAAAAUAUUAAAAAAUUACAAUAAAUAAGUUAUCUACA